AUGAAAACCGAGGUGAAGAUCGGUCACCUGAAGACAGAGUCUGCCAGAAUCUCCCAUGAUGUUGUAGACAUGCUUCUGAGGUAUGCUGCCACCUUUGAGAAUUAG